UCUUGCGGAAUUCGAGAGACGAGCUCGAGCCUCGAACUCGUGAUUCGAAAUUUCUGUAGGAGCUGUUGAGACAUAAUUUUUGCAGACAUUACCUAUUAGUAACUUGAUCAGUUCAGUUAUGAUACCGCCAAAACAACUGCGCAUUCUAUUGUUAGACUAUCAUCUACAAACGGCAUUUUUUGAGCAGACAGAAUUAUCCUAAUUGUUCAACGGUCACCCUCGCACGUGUUCUGUCUCAGCCCAAGUAUACCGGAUCGAACUCGCAGCGCACAACGUUCAUUGUUCCAUUUCGCCACGUCUGAUCUUAUUAGUCACAUGGUGCACUUCACAAAGUCGAGACGCAAGAGCCAAAUCAACGCGAGUUUUCACGAAGCUGUCCUAGUGUCGACUACUCAAGCUUAUCUUUUUUUUCAUCGUCAUAAUUAAAACUACAGAAAUAUGAAUUUUGGGAGAACAGAGGGAUACGUGGAAAGAAACUUAUAUUUAUUUAAAAAUUUCUCGUUUCGUUUCAAAGGCCUGAAAGAAGAUACGAGGGUGAGAUUUGAAAUAAUAGUUAAGAAAUUAGGCGCUAAAGUUUGUGAGGAUGCAAAAUAUACUUUAGUAGAAAAACAGUAUGAAAAUCUAUUCGAUGGUGAAAAUUACUAUUCACUAAAGUAUAUCCUCGAUUCGAUUGAGGCUAGUGAAGCGCUCGACAUCGAUAAAUAUAGACUCGGAAGAAUAGUAACAAAUCAGAUCAGAAACAAAUCAAUUAGUUCCGAAGUUCAGAUAAUUGAAUCAGACGAUAAAAUGAUAUUAGAACCUAUUAUUGAAUUUUCUCAAUCAUCAGAAAAUUCUAUAGGAAAUUUUUCAGAAAAUUCUGUAGGAAAUUUCUCAGAAAAUUCUUGGCGGUUUGAAAGCGAUGCUACAUUAGACGAUAGUGAGAAAUGGUGGCUUAAUUUACCAGAACCAGACUUGAUAAAAAUCGAAAAAUGUCCUGAAACAAAAAGUAGAUCCAGACGUGGCUCGGAUUACUCGCUCGAAGAGAAACGCACGAUGAUAGCAUAUUUGGUGGUUAAUGACAAAAUACGGCACGUGAAGAGCCGAGCGCCUUUUCUGGAAAUGCAUUGGAACGGGUACAUGAAGCAUAGAUCAGUAGAGUCCAUGCACAACAACUUUAGGCGAACUAUCCUCCCAAAUAUUUCCAAGUUCAAUUUACCUGCUGAUAUAGAAAAAAAAUUUAAAUUUAGUGGAUCUAAAUUUUAAACUGAAAAUGACAGAAACUUCACAACUUUGUAAAUAUUUGAUGAAUAUUAUUUUAUUUAAAAAUUCGCGAAG